GGCAGAGGGGAGCGCGUCGCGCUAUCGUGAUUCAAUCAUGGACAGGAAACCCGAAGAAGAGGGAGCCGGAGCCGGAGCAGAGAAGGGCUUGUGACUUGCAAGCAUUUUCAUGCGACACCACAGUCUUAAAGGCUGCUGGGCUGAAAGGGAGCGGAUGUGAGGCUUGUUUGUUGUGCGCAGCAGGUUCAGACUGACUCACUGAGGGCUAUUUGUAUACUUAUGUGCGUGAGUGCUCCUGGCUGUGUCUGUGAAGGCAAAGCUUAGUAUAACACAGUGGUGUCUUACCCUCCCACAAGACUAAAAACCUCACUCACGGGCGGAUCAUAUGAUGAUGCUUUAAAGAUCCUGGAGGGAUCUGUGAACAUGCAUCAGGGUGUCGCGUUCGUGCGUCGCUACAACAUGGACACCCUUCACAGGGCAGAGGCGGACAUCUUGUAGCGACGCUUCCAGCGGAAAACCGCAGAGACCUCAACGACGGAACUGACUGAAAGCGACGCCGAUGGAGGAGGAAAGGCUGCGCUGCUCUGCAGCCCCUCGGCAGCCGGAGGCAGACGCCGGGACCCCGGUGCAGAGCCAGUGCGUCAAUGGUGACCACGAGACCAUUGUUUGGGGGGAGACGGAGAUGCAGAUAAAGCAGUCACACGGGACAGAUCAGCCGAACCCCCCCCCCGGCGCCGGGCGGGAGGCUCCUAACGAGGCGGCGCCGUGGGAGCACGUGGCGUGGCCUCUCUCGCCCACGCUCCGCACCGGCGCCUCUCUCUCCUUCGCCACGGUGCAGUGGGACAUGCCCGGUUCCUCGGGAGCGACGCCUCCCCUGGUGACUGACGGCCCCUCGGCCAAUGGGCCGGACGGCGGAGACUCCCCACCCCCCCCACCCCGCGCGUCUGGAGGCGAUAGCGCUGAGCUCUUCGCGCCGGGGGAGGGGGAGGAAGAUGCUGGGUUCGACCCAUUGUUCCUGGACGUGGAGUGGAGAGGAGGCGCAUACGAGCCAUGUGAUGCUGAGGACGCGCAAGAGCGGAGGCGACAGGAAGUAGAAGUGACAGAUGAGCCCUCAGAGAGUCGAAGCGAAACCUCACCGAGAACGGACUCAGAGGAGGAAGAGGAACUCUCCUCGGCUUCAGAUCCUCCGGAAACGGUUGAUGUCAUUAAUCCUCUUGAGGCCGAAGGCUCCGAAGAUGACGGCGACGGCUUUGUGGACGUUCGACUAGAAGAGGAGCAGGAGGAGCCCGGUGUUCUGUUUGCUGCACAGGCAACGGAUGAGGAGCUGAGUGAAGUAGAAGAGGAGCAGGAGGAGCCCGGUGUUCUGUUCGCUGCACUGGAAAACCCAGAAGAAGAGGCAACUGCAGCCACUGGUGUCGAGACGGACGACACGAAUGAGGAGCAGCGUGGAGAAGAGGAGCUGAGUGAAGAAGAAGAGGAGCUGAGUGACGUAAAUGCAUCCUGUACUGAAGAAAGCGAGGAAUUACAAACUGUCAGUUGCUCUAGUGACGUAGACGUUCCUGUUGAACCAUUGCAAACUGACACUGGACUAACUGUAAACUCAGAUGAGCUGCAAGUGGAACAUCUGGAAGAAGGCCAGCAGUCAGAACCCGAGGACACGGAGGUACUAGAACGGACGCAUGAAGGUUCCACAGGUCAAACUGGAGACCCGGAAAUGUGUAGAGAUGUAGAUGUACUCGUAGAACGGGAGCUGUCAAAAGAAACUGAGUUGAUAGAGGAGACGGGACACGAGUCACCAUCGCCUCAAAUGACCAACGCAUCAGAGGAUCAAGAGGAGCAGAACUCUGGAGCCUCCGAGCAGUUAGAGCCGUCGCAGCGUCCGGAUCAGUCGAUUCAAGAUGAGAACGUAGACGGGACCGAACGGCCUGUUCGCUCCGAGGGGACAGUUUCCGCUGAAGCGGAAGAACCUGGAGUCGCAGCUCAGCAGGAACAGAUGGAGACGGCGGCGGAGGCGAGCGCGCAGCCGGGCCGAGCCCAGAACGCAGCCGGGCCAGAGGACGCGCGGAUGGAGGAGGCCGGGCCGAGCCGAGCGGACCGGGCCGAACCGGCGGAUCGGACGCCGGUGCUGGCGAACGGGGACGUGGACAGAGAGAUGGCUCGCGCUCUGGCGCAGCGGCUCUUCAACCUGGACGACAUCCAGCGCGUCGAUGUGGUGAAGCACGUGGACAAAGACAAUCAUUUCAGUCGCGCUGUUGGAGAGGAGUACCUGAAGUUCUUCGACUUCAGCGGGCAGACUCUGGACCAGGCGCUGAGGUCCUUCCUCAAGGUGGUGAUUCUGAUCGGCGAGACCCAGGAGAGGGAGCGCGUGCUGCAGCACUUCGCCUGCCGCUUCCACCAGUGCAACCCGGGCAGCUUCUCCUCCUCAGGCGCGGCGUUGACCUUGACGUGUGCCGUGAUGCUUCUCAACACUGACCUGCACGGACAGAAUGUAGGAAAGUCCAUGACGUCCUCCAAGUUUGUCUCCAACCUGGAUGAGAUGAAUGAAGGCACAAACUUCAGCAAGGACCUCCUGAAGAGUCUUUACAAUUCCAUUAAGAACGAGCCGCUGGAGUGGGCCGUUGACGAUGACGAGCUGAAGAGCUCCAUGCUGCUGGAGGAAGACACGGUGGACGGACUCGGCCCGCGCUCCAAAACCAACCCCUUCCUGGACGUCCCCCACGACAAGAACGCCUCCGUGGUCAAAGAUGGCUUCAUCAGGAGGAAGGUCCACGCCGACAUCGACGGCAAACGCACUCCGUGGGGGAAAAGAGGCUGGAAGACGUUCUACGGCGUCCUGCGUGGAAUGGUCCUGUACCUGCAGAAGAGCGACGGCCGGGCGGAGCAGCAGGUCAACGAGGAGGUGGUGAGCGUGCACCACUCUCUGGCCGAGCAGGCGGCCGACUACACCAAGAAGCCGCACGUGCUCCGGCUGCAGACGGCCGACUGGCGGGUUUUCCUCUUUCAGGCCUCAUCCAAAGCGGAGAUGAACUCGUGGAUCAGUCGGAUCAACCUGGUCUCGGCGCUCCACUCCUCGCCCCCCUUCCCCGCCGCCGUGGGCUCCCAGAGGAAGUUCUUCAGGCCGAUCCUGCCGGCCUCGCGGUCCGCUCACACCCUGGAGCGCCAGCUGCAGUCGCACGCCGGGAUGCUGGAGUCCUUCAAGGCCGACUUGCUGCACCUGCAGCAGAACCCCCCGGAGAACCGGAAGAUCAGAGGCAAGGAGCUGGAGGAGCAGCGCGUCAGAGCCGAGUACCUGCAGCACGAGAUCAGUCGCUAUGAGGCCUACAUUCGGGUGCUGGAGGCCUGGAGGACGGCGGCCGCGGGCGCCGGCAGCGCGCCGAGCCCCGCGGAGCUGCAGCGGUACGAUAGAGCCACGUGUGCAGACGCGGCGGAGGAGGCGGACGGCGAGGGCGGCGGCCUGAAGAAGUCCCUGUCCAGCCCCUCGCUGGCCGUGGAGCUGGCGCCGCCCGCCGUCAUCAAGGUGAAGCGGAACAUCUCGGAGAGGCGGACGCAGCGCAGGGUCGUGGUCCCUCGGAGGAACAAAGAGGCCUGAACGGGUGUCGCCUGGAAACACAGCCAGUUACCGGGCGGAGAAACAUGAUAAACAUGCAACAAACCCUCAGUUUUUAUUUCUUUGGCACUUUUACAAAAGAAACCUCAGGAAAUUCCCAAGUCCCAGGUGCCUGGGUGAUUCUAUGACCCAAAAUGUCUGGACUCAAAUAAUUUAUUUUUGAAAUGAAUUUGGUUACGAACACUUACAAAUAGUACAAAGUGCAGUGUUGAACCUGGGGGGAAAUGUGCCUUUUAAAUGUAAACCACAAGAGGGCGCUGUAGUACCGGACACCUGACGUCCUGGUGAAGGGAGCAAGAAAAGACCCUCGGUUUAAAAGCCUCAUAACUGCACUUUAGCACUAUUUUAUAUAAAUCAUUUAAUUGUUGACAGUGAUGUCACUUUUAAGUAUUUUGUUAAUAUGAAGGAUUCUCUUUUGAGGAAAUAAUAAAAAGUUACUUGUGAAUUUGAAACAACAA